ACAACUGAAAUUACAAUCAAUACAACAAAUUAUAGAGGUUUAAAUUAAUAUUUGGUUCCUUCUGCACCAUCUUGUGGAUUUUCCUAAACUAAACGAUGUAUCAAGUGUUUAAAAAUAAUUAUCAGGAAAAUCACUCAAGCCAGUCUUCACACAGUAAUUUAAAAUAAAUAAACGAGAAUGGGGGCACGAUAAGCCGCCCACGCCGCUGCAUCCUCUACCUGUAAUCACCAGUCAGACAGCAAGCGAUUAAUUGGAUGCAUUAUGACCACUUCUUAGGGAAACAUAACAUUUAACAAUCCAUAGGCCAGCUCCCGACUUAUACAAGCCUUCUGAAAUGGAAACAACCAUUUAUAACUUUCUCACCAACGAAGAACAUUACCGAAAUAACAAUCGAAACGCGCACGCAAAAAAACCAAAAUCGCUCACUCCAACCAAAACCCAAAAUGAAGAAAAGUGCCUUCGUCGUCCUGCUCCACAUCGCGGCGUGUGCCGCCGCCAACAACUACAUGGGCGACUUCUUGGAAUUUUUACUGGGUCCGCGGCUGGGCAAUAGGACUCGCGCUCACCCAAAAUCGGACCAUCAAACCACAGAGCAAAUAGUGAGAAGUUUCGGCUACCGUUUGGACACGCAUUUGGUCACUUCUGGUACCGGUCACAUCCUGACCUUGCACAGAAUCCCGAUGGGUCGGGAACCCAGAGCCGAAGUCGAACCCAGACCUGUCGCUUUCAUCCAUCAUGGGCUGCUGGGAAGCUCGGACAUGUGGCUACUGCGAGGACCUCCGCAAGACUUACCGUACCUGCUGGCCGAUUCCGGGUACGACGUGUGGCUGUUCAACGUCCGGGGAAACACGCAUUCCCGGAAACACGCAACUCUGAACGCCGACGAAGACCCUUCAUAUUGGGAUUUUGGAAUUGAAGAAAUCGGUUACCACGACCUGCCAGCAACCAUCGACUACAUCCUCAACAAAACCAGACAAAAAGACCUAUUUUUCUUAGGUCACUCUAUAGGUAGUUCUUCUGGAUUAAUACUGUGCUCGUUGCGACCCGAAUAUAGAAAAAGGAUUCGAUUAUUCCUUGCUUUGGGGCCUCUAGCCAACAUUAAACACCCUCUGAUGCGCGUCCACACCGUCACAUUUUCCCUAGGCUUGAUUUUACUAAGGUUCGCCGAAUCGCAAAACAUCCACGAAAUCAUGCCCAGGAGACCCUACUUCUCCCAAAUCCUCCAAUCCGUUUGCGAGGACGACUCGCCGCUGCAAGCUCUCUGUUUAUCAAUGAUGUUCUCGAUAGUAGGAAAGGACUUAAGCGAGUUUAACACAAAGACUUUCCCUCGGUUCGUCGAGUAUUAUCCUUCCGGUACUUCCCUCAAUAUUCUUGCGGAUGUGUUUCAGUAUUAUUUGAGCGGGGAGUUCACGAGGCGCGAUUUUGGUGCGCGUUUGAACGUGGAACGAUAUAAUGACACUAAGCCGCCGACUUAUGAUUUGUCGAAAGUAACGGUUCCUGUGUCGCUGCAUUACGGACCCGGGGAUUUACUCGUUAGUAGGGAAGAUAUUGACGAUUUGUGUUUGAAGUUGCCAUUGUGUGUGGGGAAGUUCGAGGUUGCUCAUAAACAGUUUAAUCAUUUGGAUUUUGUGUUGGCUAUCAAUGGGAGGAGUUUGUUGUAUGAUAGUUUGGUGCAGGUGAUGGAGAAGUAUAGGUAAUAAAUUAUAAAAAAAAAAAAAAAUUGUAUGUAAUAAAAGACUUACCCUUG